GGCUCCCUUAGGUGCUGCCGCUGCUGAUGUUUUCCCUGUCCCGUCCUAUCCUGACUGAGCUGGGACACUAAACUUUGUGCGGGACGAAGUUAAAGUUCAGGCGAACAUAGGAGUCGCACAGACGGUGUUUUUCACCAGGAUGCAGGGGCUUAGCUCCCGGGCUCACGCCUUUUCGGUGGAGGCGCUGGUCGGGAAGCCCUGCAAGAGGAUGAAAGUGUCGGAGGAACACGAGUCGAGCGGCGCUGAUACCAGCGACGAUGGGAGCAUCUUCCCCGGACAGCAUGAAUAUCCUGCCGACCAGCUCAAGAAAGCAGACCCAGCAACACCGAGGAGGGCAGAGGACACCUGUGAGCCCCAGGGACAGGCUGACAGAUCGGGCACUGAAGACUCUGACCCGAGCAGCGAGGAGACGAAGCCGAAGGAGAGCGACUGUCGGCCGGACAGAGAGGUCCGAGUAGAGCUGCAGGGCUCUGAGCUGUGGAGGAGAUUCUACGAGAUCGGCACCGAGAUGAUCAUCACUAAAGCUGGAAGGAGAAUGUUUCCUUCUGUGCGCGUCAAGGUGCGCAAUCUGGACCCCUGCCAGCAAUAUUAUAUCGCAAUGGACGUCAUGCCCGUGGACUCCAAACGUUACAGGUAUGUGUACCACAGCUCGCAGUGGAUGGUUGCUGGAAACACGGACCACUCCUGCAUUUCGCCGCGGCUCUACGUGCACCCGGACUCCCCGUGCGCAGGAGAGACGUGGAUGCGUCAGGUCGUCAGCUUUGACCGGGUCAAACUCACCAACAACGAGAUGGACGAUAAGGGACAUAUUAUUCUCCAGUCGAUGCAUAAAUACAAGCCACGUGUACACAUCAUCAAACACAACCCUCGCAUGGACCUGUCUCAGAUCCAGUCGCUGCCUGCUGAAGGAGUGCACAGCUUCUCCUUCCCAGAAACUGAGUUCACCACAGUCACAGCCUACCAGAAUCAGCAGAUCACAAAACUGAAGAUCGACAGGAACCCCUUUGCCAAAGGCUUCAGAGACCCGGGAAGGAAUAGGGGAGUGUUGGAUGGACUGCUGGAGUCAUAUCCCUGGAGAGGCCCUCUCAGCUUGGACUUUAAGCCUUUCUCCAUACAGCUCCAAGGGAGCUCAGGGUCACCCACGAGCAGUAUGAAAAGCCUCCUCCCCUUCUCCUCAUCCUCAUCCCUUCACCCGUUGUCUGUCUCCACGUUCUCCUGCCACGACGCUGCUCUCCACACCUUCACUCUCCCCCUCUGCAGCAAGACCUCCACCACUUCACCUAUCAUUUCCCCGCUGUCCAGCAGAGCCUUCUCCUCCCUGGGAGCAGACAGACUGAGAGGCCUCUCCCCUCUGCCUCCUCUCACAGACCUCCCAUUGUUCUCUGCGCUGCAGGGGAAGAAACCACCCCACUGUAAGGACACAUGUCCUCACGGGUCCCCGGGGUCGCCGUGCCUGCUCCCUGUACACUGCCCCCUCAGCCCUCAGGGGUCUCCUCUCCCCCCUCAUCUCUCAGACUCUGUAAGCCCAUAUUGCCUUUACCACUAUAGCUUCCCCCUGAACCCCCAGCUCACAGCCAUUUCCCGGCACCCCAAACUAGCCGAAGACACUACAGACUAUCUGCUGCGCCAGCCUCCGUGGCCCCCGACCACCAACCACUGCCUCUGACAGCUGGACCGCACUUGCGGGCUGCGGCCCAUUGAGCGUAAAAAGCCAAAACUGAAUGCACAAAACAGAAAGGGGCUGAUUCAACUGAGAGGAGAAAUGUGGCUGUGGGGACUUACUUGUA